AUGACCCAAGAGCCUCUCAAGACUCCAGCACCGCUUCUGAACAACAACUACCUCGACGCCCUCUCCUUCUCCCAGCAUGGCUCUCUUCCCCGCGAUGCCAGUGGCCUUGAUCGAGGCCGUUCAGGCUCCAGCCUCGGCUCACAGCGUCUUCGCCCCGGCCCGGACCAGCAUCAGCAUCAGCAUCAGCCCCUCCCGGGCGAAAAUGCCGGAGUCAAUGCCGACCAGCUGGACGAGAAGCUACGACGAUUGAGCUUGGACAAGGGCCUCGACGAUCUCCCUUCUGUGCCUGGACAGCGAAUCUCCGAGUAUGAGAAAGCUCUGAACCCCCAAGCUGCGAAGCAAGGGCCUGGAUUCCAGGUUAUAAAGCGCUCAGAACCCCGCUCGGAUGGAAUCCGUCUCGAUAACUUUCCAAAUGAGAUCCUGACGCACAUCUUUUCGCAUCUGCCGCCCGACUGCCACUCCUCGGUGGCGCUGGUGUCGAAGCGAUUCUGGGCGCUGGUCACCACUCAUCAUGCGUGGCGCAUGGCAUUUAUGCGCUAUUUCCCUGGACAUACCGUCCUAGAAAGCAAUGGCAAAGCUGCCGCGGCCAACUCCUCCGAUGUUCUGCGCUUCGAGACUCGAUACUUUCCUCGACUCACAUCGCUGGCUACUUGGAGAAGCGAGUAUCUCUUGAGGACUCGCCACCUGAGGAACUUGGCUCGUGGCAAACCGGGGGCCCCUCCGGGAGGAACCUUGUCUGGUCGUGUCGGCCGCGCUGGGAAGAAAUCGAGCGCGGUUUUGACCUACAACUCGAAGCUGCCCUGGCAAGUGACCAACCUCCACGCAGUCUUCUUGAAUGGAAAGAAGCCGCCACGGGUUAUGCAAGCAGCCGGAGACCUCGGCGCAGCAACCAUCAGUGAUCCCACCACGGGCAAGAUUGAGAAAUGGGGUCUUGAAGAUCUAUUCACCACCCCACAGCUGGACGAGGUUGCUCCUAAUUUGGUGCCAUAUGGCUUGGGAGACGGCCCAGCCGGUGGCCCCAACGUCAUGGAUGUGAGCUACACCUACGGCAUGAUAUCUGGUGAAGGAUUUCCCGGUGGCCGGCCCUUCUUCCGAGGGGUCAAUGAAAUGCGUGGCCGCUAUAUCGGCGGAGAGAUCAGUGCUGUCGAUACCCAUCUUGACAUCCCUAAGAUCCCCGAAAUGUCCGAUGCGAUUUGCAGCGUGUGGAUUGCCAAGUCGUCGAACGUUACAUCAACAACACAGUCAAUGUGCGGAAUGUUAACAGGCUCCACUCUCGGCAUCAUUACUGCAUACUCACUUGGCUGGGAUACCACCGGCCCGAGAUACGCCAAUGGAGAUGUCACAGCACGAUGGGUCAUCAGUCCUGGUGUUCCUAUCAUAUCCUUGAAAGUCGACGAUAGCUUCAACCAAAAGCGGAAGUCAACCUCCAGGGUCUGGGCUGUGGCACUGAAUGCGCUAGGUGAGGUCUACUACUUAUGCGAUGUCCCUAUCGGAAAACCAGUUCGAGCAACUGGGGAAGACCAGACCAGAAAUGCCUGGUAUGCUGGUCGUACAGUAUACUGGCACCUUCUAGAGGCAACUCGUAGAAUUGCUCGAGAAGACGAGCUAGACAAGAACGCAACACGUGGAGGGUAUUCGCCCCGAUCGCCGUCAGCCAACAUGCAUCUCAGCCAGGACCAGCUCGUGGCGGAGGCCCGGGAAAUAGAGAAGUUUAUGCGCUACAGGCCCUCUCACUUCCGAAAGGUCUGUGAGGGCUGGGAUAUGCAGCGGAAGCUAGAAGUGGAUUUCGCGAGUGAUGAUGGUAAAGGCGCUGGGGAGAACGUCUUUGUGAUUGACUGCGGCCUUGCCGAGAACCGACCUGCUGGUAUUCAACGUUACUCGCGUUCCUUGAUACCUGUGCAAGCCACUCCCAGCGAAUCAACGACACCUCUUGCACCAGUUUCUACGUCUCUCUUUGGCAGCAUUGGAGGGUUCGCCAACCGGAUUUCUCCAAUCUCCGAAUCUCACACACCGUUGUCUCCGCCUCCUACUCCCAAAUCGCCUCCUGUGCCCUCGACAGUCAUUCAUGAUUGGUCCAAACAAGUGUUUGAUCUCAGGGGCUACAGCCACGAUAUUGUGACUUCAGCCGCUUUGGACAACUCGCUCUCCUCGCUAUUCACACUGGGAGAAGACCCUCUGCACACUGCAAACGAAGCGUCAUCUACAACGAGUCCUUGGGCCGAUCACGGGGCAAGAGAAAUCCCUGGGCGUAGAACUCGCUUUAUCAUCAUCGGAACCAACACAGGCGCAGUUCUGGUUUGGAAUGCCCGGGAUGAUGAUAGGACCCGUGAGACACAACCGCUACGCAUCCUCCAAACUGAGUCCCCGGAGGUAUCUGCAGUGGCAGCAUCUGGACUGUAUCUCGUUCAUGGCGGCAGCGAUGGCCUUGUGCAAGCCUGGGAUCCUUUGGCGUCUACAGUGGAGCCCAUCAGAACCAUCAAUGCUAGAUCAAACGGGAGAGUUCCUCGUCACAUGCUAGUUAUGAAUCCGGCGAUGGAUGAGAAUACAUACGCAGCCGUGAGAGCCAUAUACCUUGACCCUGAUCCCACAACCCUUCAAGGAGUGGUCUCUUUUGGAGCAUUCUUGCGAUACUGGUCCUAUGGAUCGAAUGGUCACACCGCCGGGCGUAAACGCCGCGUCCGACAUACUGAUAUGGAUGCUCGGCUUGCUAGUCGUCGCCAAGGCCAUGCAGUAUCAGGCUACAUUGCCUCUGAGGAAGCCGAAAUGCGACGGGAAAAUGAGCAACAGGCUCGCGAGCAUACCCGUCGCCUCAAGAGAUUCGGCGCGCUGGGCGACUUGACUGAGGAGGAAGCGAUUCUUUAUGCCCAGAUGGUCUCUGAAGAAGCGUACCACGCAGAGGAGCAACGACGGGCUAGCGAUUCUGCAGCUGAUGCCAGUUUAGACACUGCUUCUUCCGUUAGCGAGAAUACUGUCUCGACUUUGACCCCCGAUCCAAGCGUUGCCGGCCCGUCUGCUUCGGAAACCAAUGGUGUAGCCGAAGAUGAGUACGAACAGCAGAUUCAACAGGCCAUACGAUUAUCCUUGAUGGAAGGGGUCAACAAUGAUAUGGCGCAAUCUCCCCUGGAAUCAUCACGAGGUAACAGCUCUGGCGAUUUCGACUUCUCCGUCAAUGUCAAGUACAAGCCCAAGGCCGGCAAGAAGGGAAAACAAUCAGAGUCUGGGUCGCCGUCCGCAAAUCACACGCCCGUGGGCGGUCCUUCGCGAUACACUACUACCGAAGAUGAGGACUUGGCCUUGGCUCUGAGUCUUAGUAUGCAGGAUCAGGGAGGAUACUCGUCGCCGCCUCAGCAGCCAUCGGAUGCGGAGCUUGCGCUCGAGAUCCAGCAUGAGGAGUUUCCGUCCUUGCCUGGUGAGGGAGUUGGUAAGGGGAAGGGUAAAAGUGUGCAGAGGUGGUGAUAUAGACAGAGGCAUAGCAGUGUGAAGAGAUUAGCAGAGACAUUUUCAUUCUAUCAAUGGACAGAGCAAAUUUAUUUGCCAUGUUCCAUCUUUUUAUAGUAUUUUAGUCAGAUGCUCGAAACUCAUAUUUAGUGCGCGCGUGUGUUAAUACAGUCGUUCGUUUUUCAAAACCCUUCUUCUCAUGUUUCGCAAUGCAAGGUUAUGAGGUGCCUAGCGUGCGUAUU